CUAAGAACAAUGGCAAAACUAUACAUUCCUUUGUUCUUCACAUUGUUUUUCUUGUCUUCCAACUUUGCUAUUUCUAGGGCAAAAAUAGAAAAUCCAACAAAAACCCUACCACUUUCCAACCUGCGCGAGAAAUCAGCCGUCAUUCAAUUCUAUGUUCACGAUGCCCUCUCGGGGCCCAAUGCUAGCUUAUGGGAGGUAGGACGGGCGACAAUCACGUCGGGUUCACCAACAUCGUUCGGACUAGUUAGGGUUUUGGAUGACAAGCUCACGGCCGAGCCCGAGAGGAAUGCACCGGAGGUGGGGCGAGGGCAAGGGAUUGUUACAUCGUCAGAUUUCCGAGUGGUGGCUCUGACAAUGGAUGUGAACAUUGUGUUCACGACGGGUAAGUAUAACGGAAGCACGUUGUGCUUGGCCGGGAGGAAUCUUGUGGGCACUAAGGAUAUUGAACUACCGAUUGUUGGAGGGACCGGAGUGUUCCGGAUGGCGCGAGGGUAUGCUAUAUCGAAUGCUUAUUCGUUCGAUUCUGUCGAUAAUUAUUUGAUCUUGGAUUAUACUAUGUAUGUGUAUUAUUAUGGAUAGGUUUUGUGUGUUUGUCUUCAAGAUCAUUUUUUUGUUUGUUUGUUUAGAAUGUGUGGAUUUUGAUUUUGUGGGAUGUUAAUUUGAAGUAUGUUGGUGUAAUAAUUGCCAAAGAUUGUUCAUGUGAGAUGAAGAAAAUUUGGUGUGUUUUGUUGUAAUUUGGGAGGUGUGGUUGGA